AUGUUUUGGAAACUUUCCCUCUCCUUGUUCCUGGUAGCAAUGCUGGUGAAGGUGGCUGAAGCCCGGAAAAACCGGCCCCCGGGAGCCAUCCCCUCCCCAUACAAGGACAGCAGCAGCAACAACUCGGAGAGGUGGCAACAUCAGAUGAAGGAAGUGCUGGCUUCUAGCCAGGAGGCCCUAGUAGUCACUGAGCGGAAAUAUCUGAAGAGCGACUGGUGUAAGACCCAGCCCCUGAGACAGACGGUCAGCGAGGAAGGCUGUCGCAGCCGGACCAUCCUCAACCGCUUCUGUUACGGCCAGUGCAACUCCUUUUACAUCCCUCGGCACGUGAAGAAGGAGGAAGAGUCCUUCCAGUCGUGUGCCUUCUGUAAGCCCCAGCGGGUCACUUCUGUACUAGUAGAACUGGAGUGCCCAGGGCAGGACCCACCCUACCGACACAAAAAGAUUCAGAAGGUAAAGCAGUGCCGGUGCAUGUCUGUGAACCUCAGUGACUCAGACAAACAGUGAAUGGCCACAGAGGCAGGAUGCUGCUCAGCAUUUGGGGGGACCCCUCACCCCACCUCCUGUCAGAUUUGCUGCUGCCUCUAUCCCUUUCCUCUGAGCAGAUUCACGCACUGGCUGGUCCCUUCCCUUUCAGCAGGUAGUUCUCUCGGGGGAUGCAGGUUUCCGUGUCACUGUGACCGGAAAUAGAAGCUUGGCUUAUGUGUUCCCAGGUGCCCCUUGGCAAGAUUCCUGCAUCCAAGACCAGACUGUGAAGCAAGCCCUAAGGAAGAAGAUGGAAAACAGUCACCAACCAAAAAGAAAGAAAAGAAAGAAAUUGGAAGGAUAUUUUAGGUGAUGCACUGUUAAAUCCAGCAUUAAAGUUUCCACUGUGUGGGAAAAAAAGAAAAGAAAUAUAUCUCCUUUUCAACCCUACACUCCAACCAUCUAUGUGAAGUGAAAGAUGCCUCUAUGGCUUCACUGUCACUGUGUUUCCCAACUGGGAGCUUUUCACUCUGUGGAUUUUAUGCCACCACUGCUGCCUGAGGCUGUGAUGUAGACAAGCACAUGGUUCAAAUAAAAACAAAACAAAAUUACGAGGAGACUCUUGACAAGCCUGAUUGCAAGAAGACGCUGGGAGCCCUUUGAACCAAUGAUUUGGCUUCCCUAGGGGACCUUGCUCAAGUCAUAGGAUCUUAGGAUCAUAGCUCUA